AUGGCCCUGGAGAGCCCCUCAUCGCUGCCCGCAGGCCCUGGCCUCUGUUCGGAGUCCCCACAAAUACGUCAGCCCAGAAACGGGAAGGGGGCAAAAGCGCUGGAGGCCUGGCUGUGCCUCUGGCCGGCCACCGGCUUCUGGCUCAGUUCCCUCGGAGGAGUCCCCGAGCUGUCCCCGGGGAAGUUCCAGCCGGGCAGAGGCAGCGGCUUCUCAGCGUCCCUCAGUGCCCCGGCCACGCACCGCGCUGCCGCCGCCGCCACACUGUGCCCGCACCACGGUGAUACCUGCGUGGCCGCACCGCAGCGACAGCCUUCCAGGCCACGGUCACUGCCCCAGCCCCGGCCCCGGCUUGGAGGCUGCCAGCCACGCGCCGCCGGCUGCCUGUGGCCUUCGCCAGGUCGCUCCGGCUCCCGCGUGGCGGCCGGUGGGAGGGGAGGGCAGCGUGCUUCCCUGAGGGCCACGGCGGGGCGGGCAGCGGCGGGAACCGCGUGCUCUGGAUUCCCCAGCCUGCCGUCACUUCCCAAAACUGACUCAGUGGAGAGCGUGAAGGGUCUCAGGGGAGUCUCGAGGGCAGAGAGAGGAGGCAAAGGUGGGGAGGGGAUUUCUGGGCCCGGCUCCCGCGGGCCCGGCCUGGGAAGUCCCCGCAGCCCCGGGGAACCGGCCGCGCAGGAGGAACGCGUUUGCGGCUCCGGGCUGCGAGCGCGCCGCGAUCCCGGCCCCGAGCGGCGCGGGGGCGGCGGGGCUCGGUGCUCCCCGCCCGCCAGGAGCUUGCUGAGGCGGGGGGGCCGCGGCGGGAGCCCCCGGUCCGCGCAGCCAGCCCAGAUCCCGGUGCCCGCACAGCGGGGCAGGCCCCCGCGGCUGGGGGCGGCAGCCCGGGACCCCGCUCACGGCGGGCAGGGCCUGGCCCGCAGCCGCGGAGCCCGACCCUUGCGCUGGGCAGCGGGGGAGGGGGGGGGGCGACGACGGCAACGGCGGGGGCCCGCGCGCCCCGAUCCCGAUCCCGAUCCCGAUCCCGUCCACCGCGCCCCGCCCCGCCUCGCCUCGCGCGGGGUCUCGUGGCGCCACCCGGCGGCCGCGGCCGCCCGCCCUAGGCGGGACUACAAGUCCCAGCCUGCCUUGCGGCUCGCGGGGCAUGCCGGGAGCCAGGCAGGGCACGCAGCCCAGCUCGCCGGACCCUUGCCUCGGCAGGCAUGGCGGGGGGGGCGGUACGUCAGCGCGCCGCGCCGUAAAGCCGUCCCGGCGUCGCUCCUCCUCCUCUUUGCGACGGCGCCGUACGGCAGCGGCGGUUGGCGCCUUUGUCCUGGCGGGCGGCGGCCUGAGGCGGACCGGGCCCGGCGCGGCGGUAAGUCUGCGGGCGGGCGGGUGGGGCCCUGCGGCUCCGGCGCGGCUUUACGCGGAGCGUUCGACUCAGAGACGAACUGUGGAGGGUUGAGUCCUUCCCGGCCGCCGGGCCGGGCCGGGCGUGCCCCGCGGCCUGCGGGCGGGCCGCGCCUUCGCCUCACCGCCCGGCGCGGCCGGGAAGCGGCAGUGGGGAGCGCGGGCUGGCUGGAGCUCCUCCGCUUCCCCCGCGGGGGCGUCCUGGGGCCGGCCGGUGCGCAGGCUUAA